AUGCCCCGUCUAAUGACAGCUCGCAAUGCUGUCAUACUGGUUAAUGUCAUACUCCUCACUGCGCUGUUCGUCCAUCUCAAGUCUGAGCUCUGGGACAAGAAUGCCGCUGCAGCUGGAUCGGCCACUCUGACACACCUUCCCGACGAACUCUACGACGAGCAACAGCCGGGCGAGUCAUCGCACGACCCGGAAGAGAAGCCGUUAAAGGCCAAUACCGGUAUCAAAGCGCGUCGGACUGCGGUGGUCGUCGCGAGCCAGAGUUCUGAAAAUGCGACGUGGCUAGAGGAGUACUUCCCAGAGUGGGAGAAGAACAUCUAUCGCGUAGACGACGCGAACGCGCCGCUUACGGUACCCAAGAACAAGGGCAGAGAGAGUAUGGUCUAUCUGACCUACAUUAUCGAUCACUACGCGUCGCUUCCCGACAACGUCCUCUUCAUCCACCCAAACCGCUACCAAUGGCACAACGACGAUCCCGACUACGACGGCCUCCCGAUGCUCCGCCACUUCCAGUUGCCUUACCUUGAGAAAGAAGGCUACGUGAAUAUACGUUGCGCAUGGUCCUUGGGCUGCCCAAGCGAGAUUAAGCCUCUUGCCGAAGAAGGCGAACACAGAGAGGCCGUGCAUGCUGGCGGACAAUAUAAGAAGGCCUUUGAGCAGCUGUUUCCCGGAGACAAGGUGCCAGCUGUCGUGGGCGUGAGCUGCUGUGCGCAAUUCGCCGCGACAAGAGAGAAGAUUAGGGAGAGAACUAAGGAGCAGUACGAGAAGUAUCGCGACUGGAUCAUGGAGACAGAUCUCGGCGAUGCUAUUAGCGGCAGAGUUUUUGAGUACUCAUGGCAUAUCAUCUUCGGUAAGCCUGCCGUACACUGCCCAAGCGCUGAAGACUGCUACUGCAAGGUAUUUGGCAUUUGCAACUUGACAUGUCCAAACCAAGGAAGCUGUGAAGGACGAUAUACUCUGCCACCCUACUCGAGCCUACCAAAGGGAUGGCCCUAUGUGGGUUGGGAGGGCAAAGAACGCCAGCGCGCUGCUUCUGAGCAGUGA